CCUGUCGAGACGUGCUAAGCUGGUCGAUCCCGGUUGGCUUCGAUCAUGGUGUCUUAUUGCGUGAUUAACUGAGUUUACUGGCGUCUUCCACCAACAGCGGAAGGCAGCAGUUGAACAUCACGUCAGGAUAUUUAUUAUCAAACUGCAUUAGUGAGUGUUGGAGAGGAGUGGCAUUUGUCGGGGCAUUUUCAGCAUCAGUUUGGCAAAAUGGAGACGACGGAGGUCGAGGAAUUUACGCCUCGUCCGUAUCAAGUGGACUUGUUCGAACGGGCUCUUGCCAAGAAUGCGAUACUUUACUUGCCGACUGGGGCCGGCAAAACUUACAUCGCAGUUAUGCUGAUCAAGGCCAUGAGCCCAUCCAUCAGGAUACCGUUUUCAGAGGGUGGCAAGAGAACCAUUUUCGCUGUUAAUACGGUGCCCCUUGUGACGCAACAAAGUGCAUACAUUCGUCGACAUACUGAUCUGACGUGCCAGGGGUACAGUGGCGACAUGGGCGUGGACUUCUGGAUUCAAUCCAGGUGGAAGGAAGAAUUCGAAAAGAAUCAGGUCCUAGUAAUGACAGCCCAGAUAUUCCUCGACAUUUUGGAGCACGGCUACAUGUCCCUGAAUCAGGUGAACCUCCUCAUCUUCGACGAGUGUCACAGAGCUGUUGGUGACCAUACGAUGCGUCGAAUCAUGCGGAAGUUCGAGAGUUACCCUGAGAACGAGCAGCCACGUUUUCUAGGCACCUCAGCGACAUUACUCAAUUCCAACGUCAAAAUGGCUAAAGUCGCUGAAGUCGUCCACGAUUUGGAGAUCACUCUCCACGCAAAAGUCAUAACGGUGGACUCAUUAGCUCCAGUAGAAGGCUACGGCAAACCAAAGGAGAGGUUCGUGGAGUAUCGCCCUGUAUCUCGUGCCUUCGAUCUCCAAAUAUCCCAGAGACUGGAGAUAAUGAUGAAAAUACUGGACAAAGUCAAGUUGAAAGAAUCCGGAAGGAACGAGGCGACAAGUGACAGAUUCCAACCACAGGAGAAGUCAGCUAAGCUGCGAAACGUCAUUGCCGACACCCAAGAGCACGUAUUCACUCAAGAUCUGUAUGGUGGAAGCAAAGCGAUCCUCCUCCACAUGUUGCAACUGGAGAAAAUGAAGAAAUGUGUCGAUGACGAGGAUACCCUAACAAUCUUGAGCUUCUUAGUUUCUCAAUUAACACUCAUUCGAAAGAUAAUUGAAAAGGAGAUUAACAAAAUGGAAUUAACAGAAUUUGAAAAAAUUCACAAAUACUCGUCCGAGAAGAUAAUGAAACUCCUGGAAAUACUGCGAAUCCAUUACGACGCUAACGAGGUAACUAAAUCAACUCCAGCCAAUAAAUUCUGUGCCAUUGUAUUUGUCCGUCGUAGAUUUACCGCAAAAGUUCUCUAUCAAAUCCUCAAAAUUGCCUCCCAAGGCAGCGAUAAAUACUCCUUCAUUAAACCAGAUUACGUGGUUGGCUCGUCAGUGAAUCCAUACAAGAACUCCUGCGAGGACAGUUGCAUAUUGAAGUGGAAUAAAGAAGCUUUGAUUAGAUUUCGUACUGGUGCAUCGAACAUUCUGAUUGCCACAGAUGUCGUUGAUGAGGGUGUUGACAUACCCCUCUGCUCCCUAGUGGUACGCUACGACUUACCGAACGACUUCCGAGCUUAUGUACAGAGUAAAGGUCGUGCACGUAGUUCGUGCAGCAACUACGUAAUGAUGAUUUGCACGACAGAUGCGGAGAAAGAGAGAUCGAGGCACCAAAGUUAUGCGAGAAUUGAAACUGUACUGAGAGGGUACUUGAUAGGUAACACUGACAAUCGACCACUGCCAGUGCCCGAUGAGUUGAAGCAGUUUCUGUACGCGACGGAAAUUGAGCCUUACGAAGUAGUGGACGCGAAUGGGGUGCACUAUUCAGUCUCCGACAUUGGUGCAAUCAGUUUGAUUCAUCGUUACUGCACUAAAUUGUGUAGCUCAAAAUUCGUGACGUGUGCACCUACGAUUAAACAACACCAGACAGAUGAUGCAAAGAAAUUCCUUGUUUCCAUUACAAUGCCAAUUACUUCUCCCCUGAGAGGAGAAAUUUUUGGCGAUCUCAUGCCAUCUAUAACAUUGGCCAAACGCUCAGCCGCAUUGAAGGCCUGCAUUGCUCUCCACAAAAUUGGCGAAUUGAAUGACAGACUACUACCAGCAGAUACUAAAGACAUCAUCGAAGAUGUGACACAUUUAUUGGUGAAUUGGAAGGCUGAUGAUAACGCUGCUCAGAAGGCUCUACUUGGCACUUAUGCAUGCAAUCGUCAACACAAACUCGUUCAUCCGGAGGAAUUGUCUGCCGCGUAUCCUCAGCCGAAUGCCGUAUCCUAUCUACAUGUCAUUCAAGUUAAACCAACGUAUUCAAGACCAUUUGAGGAGAAGAGACACCGAGAACAGGUGUUCUACGAUUUCCUGAAUGAUCCCUCUGGUUUUGCCAUUCUAUCCAGCAAGAGGAUGUCUCAAGUACCAGGAUUUCCGUUGUACAUGAACGUGGGACCCCUGCAGGUUGACAUAAAUGUCAAUCACAGUGAAGUCGUGCUGUCUUCCGUUGAAAUUAAUCAAUUGAAGAAUUUCCACUGGGUUGUUUUUGCAGAAGUGUUGGGCAUUGUCAAGCCCUUUACAAUGUUCGAUAAUGAAAAUAUGGAGAACAAUUAUCUCAUCGUUCCAAUCGAUGUAAAUUCAAACAUUGAUUGGAAUAUUGUGAAUAAUAAUCAGGAGAUCCUCAAGAUUCCUCACUCAGCAGGAGGGCAGCAACUACCCCAUGAGGUGGCAUUAACAUCAGCUCUAUCAAUGGUUGGUUAUGCGAGUAAUAAUAAUUCUCCUAGAGUCGAUGAUUACGACGAUUGGCAACUAGUGAGACCGAAUUAUCGAGAUACUGUUUAUAUUGUCACAAAAGUCUGUCAUGAUAUGAAUCCACUGUCCGAGUUUCCCACCGAUGAUUUUAAACAUUACAAACAUUAUUACGGUGAGAAACAUGGGUUGGCAAUAACAGAUUUCAGGCAGCCUCUGCUGGAAGUCAAAGCAAUAGCCAUAAACAUUGAUUACAUUAAGCCGAGGGGUCGAAGUGCUUCAUCCAAGAGGAGGGAAAGGGACAAUUUUGAGGAGCACUUAGUGCCAGAAUUGUGCGAGAAGAUGACGUUUCCACGUCUUUAUUGGCUGAAAGCGAUGUACAUACCCUCAGUGAUUCAUAGACUGUCGCAGUUGUUGAUUGCUGAGGAUUUGAGGAAGAGAAUAGUACGGGAGACGGGUCUGGGGCUAAUUGAAGUGGCUAAUGGCGCUUGGCCACCCCUCCAGUUGUCUGAGGAUGAUGACAAAUUCGAUUCAUCGACCUGCUCUGAGAAGAGUCUGGAGGACGAGGAGGAGCACGACCUCGUGGAUGAUGCUGGAUAUGAAGGUGACGAUUUGAGGGGACAGGGGGAUGCCGAUGCAUCAGAGGGUUUUUUCCAGAUGCUGGACAGUAUGAAGAACUCAGAGUCUGAAACACCAGCAACUCUGGAAGUGGAUAUUUUGAGCCUGGAGUCUAAUGUUUAUGAUUGGCCAAAGGACAAGGAGCCAAUGGAUCUCGAAAGGAACAUUGAAAAAAUUCAACUCAUUGACAUUGACUAUUACUUCCAGUUCACCAAUGUACGCUCGAGAAACGCUGAGAUACUGAAGGAAAAGUAUAAGAGGUAUCGGUUUUCGAAGCGACCCAAUGUUUCAGUUCCAAAGCUCCAAGUGACAGAUAAGCAUCAGACAUCUGUUGAAGCUCUACUCACUGGUCCAACUCCACUGGAGAUCAUGUACGCCCUGACGACGAAACCAGCCCACGAUGCGUUUAAUCUGGAGCGUUUAGAGACCCUGGGGGAUUCAUUCCUGAAGUACAUUACUUCAGCCUACCUUUUCGAGCGACAUCGAUUCUAUACUGAGGGCAGACUGACUGUUUUCAAAGGACAAAUCGUUGGUAAUCGUCACCUAUUCUACUGUGGAGAGAAAAAGUUGAUCCCAGGGAGAUUGAAGAUCGAUGAUUUUGGGGCCAAGAGUAGCUUCAUACCGCCCUGCUUCAGUGUGCCCAGAGAAAUUCAAAGGAUGAUGAAAGACGAGGACAGCUCACCGAAUGUCCUCUACGAUAUUCAUAUGACUUCUGAGGAGAGAAAAGAGGGAGAAUUAUCAGAGGAGACCAAAGCCAUAAGCAGCGAGAGAAUUUCAUCCUGGUCGCAGAAAGGAAUCACUACUCAUACUGGGACAGAGAACUACCUGGGGAUCCAGAUAAUUAAAGAUAAAAUGGUCUCAGACUCUGUGGAAGCUUUGAUAGGAGUUUAUCUCAAUGCAAUGGGUCUUCCAGCUGCCACAAAGCUUGUCAAGUGGCUUGGGAUUCUUCCUGAUGACGCCAAUGUCGAUAGUAUUCUGUAUGGCAAAGCUGCAACAGCCAAAAUUGGGACUGGAGAUCCAGACGUUCACAUGCCUUGGGCUGCCUCGAUCGAGGACACUCUGGGGUACAAAUUCAAAGAUCGAUCGUUCCUCCUGCAAGCUUUCACCCAUCCAUCUUAUUCGAAUAAUAACAUAACUACUGAUUAUCAGAGGCUAGAGUUCCUGGGGGAUGCGAUUAUUGAUUUCUUGAUAACUGUGCAUAUCUACCAAAGCUGUGGAAAUUUGACCCCUGGGGAUUUGACUGAUCUGAGAUCAGCAUUGGUCAACAACAUAACUUUUGCUUGCCUAACUGUCAAGUUUGGACUCCACACAGGACUUCUUGCAUUCUCCCCUAAUUUAACUGAUGCCAUUGAUAAAUUCGUGUCUUUCCAAGAGGAGAAGGGGCAUAAAGUUGGUGAUGAUCUCCAUUGGAUUCUACUGGAGGAGGACGAAUGCAACAUGGCUGAGUACGUCGAGGUACCAAAGAUGCUGGGAGAUCUCUUCGAGUCGGUGAUUGGUGCCAUCUAUCUGGACACUGACAAGAACCUUAACAAGGUCUGGGAGAUUUUAUACUCUAUGAUGCACGAGGAGAUAAGGAACUUCAGUGAGAAGAUCCCCAAGGACCCUGUGAAGUGCAUUCAUGAGGCUCAAGGGGCUCAUCCCCACUUCUCGAAGCCAGAGAUCCUCGACUCUGCUGGCAGUAUUAUGGUACCCCUGGAGAUCGUCAUCGGAGGAAAGAGGAAGUUAUUCCAUGGAUUCGGUGCUACUGGAAAGCAGGCGAAGCGAGCAGCUUCCAAGCAGGCGCUCAAAUUCAUUCAUCGUAGCUUGCAGGGGUGAAUAAUUAUCUUGUCAUAUUGCUGUGGGGCGAUGGAUUGUAGUUGAUGCCCACGUGCAUUAUCUUUCUAAUGUGAUUUUCAUGUUUUUUUAUUCUUGUUAUCUGGAAUGUUCUCCAAUUGCCAUUCAGUUUUACAUAGUCCUGGAUCAAUCAAAAAACGCUGAAGAAAAAGUGAACAUUUUCAAAUAGCGUUUUUAAUAAUACUGGGGAAUAAAGCCAAUAGAGAGGAAAUUGCAGAUUAAUAAUUUGCUAUAUCUAAUGGAUGUUAGGUCGUCAUUUGUCACAGUAGCCAGUGGCUGUUUGAUCGUUAGUUGCCAUGAUACAUUAUCAUUGCAAUAUCCAUUUGCAAUUUCUUCUCUAUCAGACUUAUUUUCAAAUCUGUUAAAUUUGCUGAAAACGCUUAAAAAUGUUCAUUUUUUUCUCCUUUUUUGAGUGUAUAAACAUGUACAAUCCAAUGAAAAUUGUGAUAUAUUUUAGAUUAUGAAGAUGGAAAAACAAUCGAGAUAACGUUCCAGAGAUAAUUCGUCGGGGCAUUAAUUAAUUCAUGUAUUUUUCUCAAAUUGUGAAACUGUUGAUUGAGUGUUGGACGAGGAGUACUGAGCAUUGAGAGUGGAUAUUUUUAUAUAUUAUCGCUUUAUUAUUAAAUAAUUACUUGCUAUUUUUAUAUUGCAUAUAAAUCAACGCACAAAGGUUUAAUUGAUUUAUCGUGUACUUGGGAAUUUAUCAUCACUCUGAUAACAGCGAAGUAGAGGAGCGGAUUUCAUUGAUUGCAUGCCAAGAAAAUAUGAUAAACAUAAUCAAUUAAUCUAAUGAUGAGAAUCUUUUGAUUGUGCUCGUAUGUUCUCAAUACAUUCCGAACUUCCCUCAUUGCUUGCAAACAUUAUUGACUUUUCUUUUGUCCGAGUCAUUCUCGGCAUUUUAACGUGCAAAUUGGAUGUUAGCCGUUCAAAUUAUGAAAUCUAUUUACGAAUUAUCAAGAAAAAACUGCAAUUUCAGUUUCAUCUGAAUAUACUGUUAAUCCACAGGGCUUCAAUCUACGUUUUUUUUUUAUUCAGAACAUUAUUAAUUCAUGCUCGGUGGUUUGGCGCAGUGGGUAAGUUCAUUGCCUAACAUGCGAAAGGUUCCGAGUUCAAAUCCCGGCCGGAUAGAAUGGUGC